AAAUAUCCCAUCUUCAAACUGCAACACGCGUGUCUGAAAUAGGUAAACCAAUUUUUUCGCGCGGUUAAAAAUACAUCAUCCUCUAGCCAUACUGCAGUGUUCAAUCCGCAUUCACAUGUGAACGCUAUUCUUAGCCCUUAUGUAUCCACACCCACCGAACGCUUCAACCUAUAGGCAAUGGGUUGUGCAUCCAGCACCAUGGGACAAUCAACACAUGAGUAAUCACCAGACAAUUCCAGCUUCCAUGACUCCUCAGACAGCAAAUCUUCAAUCCGCUGGCGAAGGCAAUGACUCAAGACCAGUCAAAAGCGAACUUUACAACAAUAAGUUGAAGAUAGCCAAAAUGGUCCUGAAAUAUGAGGAAUACCGAAACAAAUUAGCUCAAGCCUCAUCAAUAGCUAGUUCGUCAGAAGAGACAGCUAAUAUCGACUUAAACGAGCUGGACUCCUUGAAAGAAGAGAUAGCUGCCACUGUAAAAGAAAUGAGUUCAGAGUCUCACAUUCGCAGAUUGAAACAGUUGCUGAGUCGCCAAAAGAGAAAACGAGAAUGGAAGCGAAGGCAUUUAAAAAAACUUCAGCAAACGCGAGACAAACGGCGAGAAAAACGACGUAGACUACACGAAGAAAUAGAUCGAUGGAGAGUGGAAUGGAUUGAAAAAGAAGAAGAAAACAAAAAAAAAGCACGCGAACGUCAAAAAGCGGAGAAACAGCGAAAACUGGAGGCAAGCAUUCGAAAUCAUGAAAGAAACAGCCAGCUACUUGUACAAAAACUCUUGGAACUUCGUGCAAUACGAAGAAGAAAACUGAAGGCACAAGGACAUUUCUUCCCCGAGGAAGGUAACGAGUUCUUUGAGCGCAUUCGACAGUUGAACGAGCAAGUGCCAUCGUCUCCCAGCACAGAAAAUGAACCUAUCGAACAGGAAGUGAUUUCUGUGCCCGUCCACGAAGACGAUAAAUGGCUACACGUACCAUUGGAUAUGAAUUCCUAUAGUUAUUGGUGCCAGGGGAACCGCUCUCUGGAUGCAUUACAGCGAGUGCGAAAUCAAUGGGAUUACUAUCUUUCAACGAACUCAAGUGAAAUAGGUAGUAAAGUACCUCCGACCUGGGUUAAUCCCUCGCCGCCAUCAAACUGGGUGUGGGCCACAGUUUUGAACUAACCUGUACAUAUUCGAAAUAAAAGCAUUGAUUAU